AUGGAACUCUUCCAGCUCCUUCCUCUCUCUUCCAGCUCUUUGGAACUCUCUUCCAGCCUCUCUGGACUAUCUCUUCCUUGCUUGCUCCAGCUCCUUGCUUAUGAACUCCUUCCAGCUCCUUGUUUAAGGCUCUCUUCCUGCUCUUUGCUUAUGGAACUCUCUUCCCCUCCUUCCAGCUCUCCCAGCUCUCUUCUGGAACUCUCUUCCUUCCCAGCUUGCUUAUGGAACUCUCUUCCAGCUCCUUGCAUGUUCUCUUUCAGCUCUUUGCCUAUCCUCUCUCUUCCAGCUCCUUGCAUAUGGAACUCUCUUCCAGCUCUGCUUAUGGAACCUCUUCCAGCUCCUUGCUUAUGGAACUCUCUUCCAGCUCCUCCAGCUCUUUUGCUAGAACUCUCUUCCAGCUCUUUGCAUGGACUCUCUUCCAGCUCUUGCUUAUGGAACUCUCUUCAGCUCCUUAACUCUCUUCCUCCUUGCUUAUCUCUUCUCUCUUCCUCCUUGCUUAUGGAACUCUCUUCCAGCUCUUUGCUUGUGAACUCUCUCUUUGCAUAUGGAAUUCAGCUCCUUGCUUAUAAAAAUUCUCUCUUCCCUCCUUCUUUGCUUAUGGAACUCUCUCCAGCUCCUUUGCUUAUGGAAUUCUCUUCCAGCUCCUUGCUUAUGGACUCUCUUCCAGCUCUUUCUAUGGAACUCUCUUCCAGCUCCUUGCAUAGAAAUUCUCUUCCAGCUCCUUGCAUAUGGAACUCUCUUCCUGCUCUUUGCUUAUGGAACUCUCUUCCAGCUCUUUGCUUAUGGAACUCUCUCUCUUUGCCAUGGAACUCUCUUCCAGCUCCUUUCUUAUGGAACUCUCUUCUCUUCUUUCCAGCUCGCAUGGAACUCUUUCCAGCUCCUUUUGUCUCUUCCAGCUCUUUCUUCUCUUUCUUCUCCUUGCUUAUGGAACUCUCUUCCAGCUCUUUUCCAGCUUUUGCUUAUGGAACUCUCCAGCUUCUCCUUUUGCAUGGAAUUCUCUUUUUCCUUGCUUAUAAAACUCUCUUCCAGCUCUUUGCUUAUGGAACUCUCUUUCCUUGCUUAUGGAACUCUCUUCCAGCUCCUUGCUUAUGGAACCUCUUCCAGCUCCUUGCUUAUGGAACUCUCUUCCCGUCCUUGCUUAUGGAACUCUCUUCCAGCUUCCUGCUCUUUGCUUAUGGAACUCUCUUUUCUCCUUGCUUAUGGAGAACCUCUUCUCCUUGCUCUUUGCUUAUGGAACUCUCUUCCAGCUUUUGCUCCUCUUCCAGCUCCUUUGCUUUAUGGAAUUCUCUUCCAGCUCCUUGCUUAUGGAACUCUCUUCCAGCUCUUUGCAUAUGGAAUCUCUUUCCAGGUCUUCCAGCUCUCUUCUCCUUGCUUAUGGAAUUCUCCUUGACUCUUCCAGCUCUCUUCUCUUGCUUAUGGAACUCUCUUCCAGCUCCUUGCUUAUGGAACUCUCUUCUCCUUUCCAUAUGGAACUCUCUCUUCUUUGCUUAUGGAACUCUCUUCCAGCUCCUUGCAUAUGGAAUUCUCUUCCAGCUCCUUGCUUAUAAAAUUCUCUUCCAGCUCCUUGCUUAUGGAACUCUUCUCCUUGUUUGCUCUCUGCUCCUUGCAUAUGGAACUCUCUCCAGGAACUCUCUUCUCCUUUGCUUAUGGAAUUCUCUUCCACUCCUUGCUUAUAAUUCUCUUCCAGCUCCUUGCUUAUGGAACUUCUUCUUCUCCUCCUUGCUUAUGGAACUCUCUUCCAGCUCCUUGCUGCUCUCUUGUCCAUUGCUUGCUUAUGGAACUCUCUUCAGCUCCUUGCCGAAUUGGAACUCUUCCAGCUCUUUGCUUAUGGAACUCUCUUCCAGCUCCUUGCUUAUGGAAUCUCUUCCAGCUCCUUGCAAAUAG